CUCGGCAGCAGCAGCUCAGGCCCGCCAUUUCACCGAAUACCUACGGUUGCUGGUACCGAGCAGAGCUGGCCGAAUUAGGAGCCGCGGGAUUCGGGGCGAGACGAGGGGAAAAGAGGGAUGAGCGAGCUAUGCGUGUGGUGGAUUUUCAACAAUGUAACGGCUCAGUAGGAGAGCAUUUUUAACAGCCGCGGUCUGUGGAUAAUACGCGUUAACUAGCUAGCUAAAGUGACCGUUAACGUCAGCCUCCGUUCUGCUUGGGUUUUAAACUGACGUUAGCUGCUAGCCGCCGUCCUCCUCCCGCAGCUCCGCCUGACAGACCGUUCAGCCAACGCUAUAUAUCGCUUUUCUCGCCAAAGAGGACGAAAACGGACUGUCAACACGUAGGACCCGAUAGAAGUGCUGUGAUUCAUUUAAUCUAAACCCAACUUUUCAUCCUUAAUCGCCUGAAUCAUGUCGGGGCAGAGCAUUACUGACAGGAUAACCGCCGCUCAGCACAGCGUUACCGGGUCGGCGGUGUCCAAAACAGUGUGCAAGGCAACCACGCACGAAAUCAUGGGCCCGAAAAAGAAACACCUGGACUAUCUCAUCCACUGUACCAAUGAAAUGAACGUGAACAUUCCUCAGCUGGCUGACUCGCUGUUUGAGAGGACCACCAACACAAGCUGGGUGGUCGUCUUCAAAUCCCUCAUCACAACACACCACCUCAUGGUCUAUGGCAACGAGCGCUUUGUUCAGUACCUGGCUUCCAGGAAUACGUUAUUCAACCUCAGCAACUUUUUGGAUAAAAGUGGGCUACAAGGUUAUGACAUGUCCACAUUUAUUCGGAGGUAUAGCCGUUAUCUGAAUGAAAAAGCAGUAUCAUAUCGGCAGGUUGCUUUCGAUUUUACAAAAGUAAAACGUGGGGUGGAUGGAGUGAUGAGAACCAUGAACACAGAGAAGCUCCUCAAAACCAUCCCCAUUAUCCAGAACCAGAUGGAUGCCCUUCUAGACUUCAAUGUCAAUGCCAAUGAGCUCACCAAUGGGGUUAUCAAUGCAGCCUUCAUGCUUCUCUUCAAAGACUCAAUCAGGCUUUUUGCAGCUUACAAUGAGGGGAUAAUCAACCUGUUGGAGAAGUAUUUUGACAUGAAGAAGGUUCAGUGCAAAGAAGGCCUGGAUAUUUACAAAAAGUUCCUCACAAGAAUGACCCGCAUCUCAGAGUUCCUCAAAGUGGCAGAGCAGGUAGGGAUAGACCGAGGGGACAUCCCAGACCUUUCACAGGCUCCCAGCAGCCUCCUUGAUGCUUUAGAACAGCACCUGGCCUCCUUAGAGGGCAAAAAGGUGAAAGACUCCACUGCAGCCAGCAGGGCAAGCACCCUCUCCAAUGCUGUGUCAUCCCUGGCCAACACCGGCAUGUCUUUCACCAAAGUAGACGAGAGAGAGAAACAGGCAGCUCUGGAGGAGGAGCAGGCGAGACUGAAGGCACUUAAGGAACAGAGGCUGAAGGAGUUGUCCAAGAGGCCCUCGUUUGCCACUACAGACACAUCUCCAGUGUCCACCACAGCAGCCAGCAUCAGUACAGCUCCUGCAAUAGACCUGUUCUCCACCCCAAGCUGCUCUAAUGGUGCCCUAAAGAUGGAGAGUGACCUCUUUGACCUGCAAACCACCUUUCAGCCCUCCAUGCCACCCGGACCGUCAAUAGCCACUCCAUGGGGAGAUCCUUUCUCUUCUUCUGAAGCUGUCGAUGACUCCAUCCCAAACUUAAACCCUUUCCUAACCAAACUUGUUGUCGACCCUGCUCAUCUACCUGUUGUGUCGUCCGAUGGUGUUAGUUUUUCCUCUAGGACAUCAGGUCAUGAGAUAUUUGGUGAUCAAUACAAUCCCUUUAUUGAUUCAAGCUCAUCCGUAUCAGCCAAUUACAAACGAACAGUGCGGAUAGAACACUUAAUCUCAGACUCUUUUGGUCAAGCGUCUAUGGUCCAGCAUCUCCCAAACCCCUCUCCCUUCCAGUCUGAGCCCUCCUCUGUAGCAGGCCUAUUCCGAGGGUACGGUGCACCACAGGGUCCUCCACCACAGAGCACAGGGGAGCUUCAUGUUGACUUUGAGUCUGUUUUUGGAAACAAAGCUGCCUCCUCCAGUAAUCUGGACACAGAUGGUGGGAUUUUGAAACCUACAAUGGCUGGAUCUAAUCAGCCUUGCACUCAGUACCCAGAGAAACUCGUCUCAGAUGACCUUGAUUCUUCUCUUGCAAACCUGGUUGGAAACCUGGGAAUUGGAAAUGGCACCACCAAAAAUGAUAUCCACUGGAACCAGCCAGGCGAGAAGAAACUGACCGGGGGAAUGAACUGGCAACCCAAAGCUGCUCCCUCCACAACAUGGAACCCUGUAUCAAUGCCUCCAUCAGUCAUGUCCUUUCCUGCUACAACCCCUACAGGCAUGAUGGGAUACGGGCUGCCUCCACAGCUUCCCUCAAUGACUAUGAUGACACAGCCCACAAUGAUGUACACACAACCCGUCAUGAGGCCGUCAAACCCUUUCGGAUCAGUGUCCAGUGCGCAGCCCUCCGCUGCCUCUAGCCCCUCCAGUCAGAGUCCUCUCAGAGCCCCAGGACAGGACCCCUUUGCACAGCUCUCUCUCAAGGAUUUCUUGUAGAACCUCGUCUUUCAUCUAGAUGCAGUUUAUGUAACCCCAGAUGAAGUCGCUCCCUGAAGUCAAAGCACCACACAGCAAAGCUCUGUUGUCUGUGCUGCCAUGCUCUUCAGAGGAACCAACCAUGUUUAAAACGUCAACGGAGCAGGAAAAUGAAGGUGUGAUAAGACCAAGAGCUUAUUGCAGUCAUUUUUGUAAUUUGCCAGAGAUAUCAUGAUGAUGAUGAUGAUGAUGAUGCUGCUGUUUUACCCUGAUGGGGAUUCCUCAUGCAUUUUAUAAUCUGUAAAGAUAGGUAAAGGGGUCUGAGAGACUUUAUUAUUAUAUAUUUGUGGAGAAGUUCUACUUUUAAUGUUCCUUCCUGCUGGAUUCCUUUCUUUCUAUUUUUUUUUUUUUUGUUAUUUAAUUCCUUUUUGUUUCUGUUUUAUUUAAAAUUUUUUACUUUAUCAGGUGAGAAGUCAAGAGAGUAAAGCAGGAUUCUCCCUAAUUCAGAUUCAGUCAGGAUCUGCUGUAGUAAAGAAGCAGUUAAGAAGCAGUGAUGUUUUACCUCUCUCUCUCCAUUUAGUCUCUGUCUUUUAAAUUGUGUUUACAGCUAGACCUCUCUUGUGUGUUUGUUUGUUUGUAUUUAUUUAUGGUUUUUGCCUCCAAAAAUGAGAGUUUAUGAACUGAAAUGGAAAAAAAAAAGUUUUAAAUAAUUCAACAUUACACGUGAAUGUUGGAUUAUGUAUAAGGGGAGUAAUUAGAGUUAUAAAAUAGCUAUGUAAAAAAUACACCUGUAAGCUGAAUGUUAUAGAACACUAAAUAUUCUCUAAGUUUCGUGUCUAGAAAUACUCUUCGUAGAUCAAGCAUUCGCAACCCAAAAGUACUGAGAGGAUAAGAUGUAGAACCUGGUUUGUCGAUCUAUUUAGCUGAUAAGUGUGCCUAGGGUUUUUGCAAUGAAAUAUCUUUUUAAACUCGUCCGGCACUUCAGUGGUUGCGAGGUGUUGCACUCGGGAAGGGAUGUGUUUCUGCAUUAUGCAUGGCAUGCCAUCGUUUCACACAAGACUGUUUGAAAUGGCUGCCUCUGAGCUGAAUCUGUGAAUGUGAAGAGUUGCCCUCAUGUUUCAGACUUUACUAAAGCGAGCAGCUCCCCCCUCCACCCCAGCGAGGAGAGCCGCUUGACUCACUGAAUAUUAUUCAUGAGCAAAAGGUCAUAGUUAUCACUGUAUAUUUAUCAUGUAAAUUAAAAAAGGAGUCUUGAUCAAGAAGAAAAAACAAAAAAAAAAGUCGAGCACUGUUGACCGGUGCUUUGUGUAUAUACUGAAUAGACUGUUCGUCUGGGUGGUUAGUUAAGAGACGGUUUGAGAUAUGAAAGCAAUUCAGUCAGACUUGAAUUUACUGACAUUCUACUGGAUAUUUUCUGUGUUGUCCUCACAGAUAAUUUUCUUUUGUUUACGUAUUUAAAAUAUGUAAGAAAAUUGGUGAACGUUUUUUUUUUUUUUCAAAUAAAGUGCAGCUUCCACAAA